GGCCAGAUCUAGCAGAUAGCUGAUGCGAGAACUUUGCUGACUUAAGAAAGCUGAGUGUAACACCAACAGACUUCAGUGAAAGAAAAUAUCCCUCCAAGCAACUCAUACAGAGACAACUUUUGGUAGCUUUAAAUUAACCUGUUGCUCACCUGCAAAGACACAGCUAUUAUUUCUUUCAGCACACAUGGAGGAAAGCAACAAACUUUGUAACCCUGGCUAAUAAGACUGUGGCUUUCUUAUCCAAAGUAGGAGGUAGGCCAAUUACAAAAGGAUUUUUUUAUAUUUAGCCUCCAGGACUUUAACGCUGGCCUGAACAAUGGACAUAAAUAGAAGCCAAUUUUAAUGACCUGAGAUUUUGCUACCUGUUCUUUAUUAUUGUUAGCAGUUCUUUAACACUUUGGUACUUUACUUCUUUAAAUUAGAAAUGGGUUUGUGGACUAGAAUGUGGCCCACAGAUUGGGCUAUUCUGAUGAAAUCAUGGCUUAUUUUUUCCCUGGGGCUGUACAUGCAGGUGUCCAAAACUUUGGCCUGCCCAAAAGUGUGCCGCUGCGACCGAAACUUUGUCUAUUGCAAUGAGCGAAGCUUGACCUCAGUGCCUCUUGGGAUACCGGAGGGUGUAACCGUCCUCUACCUCCAUAAUAACCAAAUUAAUAACGCUGGAUUUCCUGCAGAGUUGCACAAUGUCCAGUCUGUGCACACGGUCUACCUGUAUGGCAAUCAAUUAGAUGAAUUCCCCAUGAACCUGCCCAAGAAUGUCAGGGUUCUUCAUCUGCAGGAAAACAACAUUCAGACCAUUUCACGGGCUGCCCUUGCUCAGCUUUUGAAGCUGGAAGAGCUGCACCUGGAUGACAAUUCCAUCUCCACUGUUGGCGUUGAGGAUGGGGCAUUCCGGGAAGCCAUCAGCCUCAAGCUUCUGUUUUUAUCCAAGAAUCACUUAAGCAGCGUACCAGUAGGCCUUCCGGUGGACUUACAAGAACUUCGCGUAGAUGAAAACCGAAUUGCUGUCAUUUCAGACCUGGCCUUCCAGAAUCUUACAAGUCUGGAGCGCCUGAUUGUGGAUGGCAAUCUCCUUACUAAUAAAGGCAUAGCUGAAGGUACCUUCAGCCACCUCUCCAAGCUCAAGGAAUUCUCAAUUGUGCGGAAUUCAUUGACCUACCCUCCUCCCGAUCUUCCAGGUACACAUCUGCUAAGGCUCUACCUGCAGGACAACCAGAUAACCCAUAUACCGCUUACAGCCUUUUCAAACCUCCACAAACUGGAACGUCUUGAUAUUUCCAACAAUCAACUUCGGAUGUUGGUAAAGGGGGUAUUUGAUAAUCUCCACAACCUGAGGCAACUCACUGUAAGGAAUAAUCCAUGGUUGUGUGAUUGCAGUAUUAAGUGGGUCACUGAAUGGCUCAAAUUUAUUCCUGCUUCCAUCAAUGUACGGGGUUUUAUGUGCCAGGGACCAGAGCAGGUCCGAGGCAUGGCAGUCAGGGAGCUUAAUAUGAAUAUGUUGUCAUGCCCCACCACCACUCCUGGCCUGCCACUUACCAUCACCCCAGUCCCAGCAACAGCCAUGCCAACUACAUUAGUUCCCACCUCAUCAGUUCCUCCCCCAGGUAGCAAAUAUAAUCCUCUCAGUCCCACCAUAGCCACACUCCCCACUGUGCCUGACAGGGAGGACAGAGAAAGGGUGACACCUCCUAUAUCUGAACGGAUUCAACUCUCCAUCCAUUUUGUGAAUGACACUUGCAUCCAAGUUAACUGGAUGUCCGUUUUUACCGUGAUGGCAUAUAAAAUUACAUGGGUUAAAAUGGGCCAUAGUCUGGUAGGAGGAAUUGUUCAGGAACGCAUAGUUAGCGGUGAGAAGCAACACUUAAGCUUGGUAAAUCUGGAGCCCAAAUCCACCUAUCGGAUUUGUUUGGUUCCACUGGAUACUUACAACAAUUACCGAACUGGAGAAGACACUGUCUGUUCAGAAGCCACAACCAAGGCUUCCUUUUUGAGCAAUGGCAGCAACAUCCCCUCCAGCCAUGAGCAGACGACUUCUCAGAACCUGGGCUCCCCAUUUCUGCUGGCAGGGUUGAUAGGGGGUGCAGUGAUAUUUGUCCUCGUGGUCCUGCUCAGCAUUUUUUGCUGGCACAUGCACAAAAAAGGGCGUUACACCUCCCAGAAGUGGAAAUAUAACCGGGGCCGUCGGAAAGAUGACUAUUGUGAGGCAGGGACCAAGAAGGACAACUCCAUCCUGGAGAUGACGGAAACCAGCUUCCAGAUUGUCUCCUUAAAUAAUGAUCAGCUCCUUAAAGGAGAUUUCAGACUGCAGCCCAUUUAUACCCCAAAUGGGGGCAUUAACUACACAGACUGCCACAUCCCCAACAACAUGCGAUACUGCAACAGCAACGUCUCAGACCUGGAGCACUGUCAUACGUGAUAGUGAAGGGAGAUGGGGGUGUCUAGGACAAAAAGGAAAAACUCUGGAAAAAGUAACCUCCCAACAACAAUGAAAAAAUUACAUUUGAUAAAUGUUACCCAGAUGCAUUUAUGCAUUUGAAUACUCUGUAAUUUAUACGGUGUACUAUAUAAUGGGAUUUAAAAAAAGUGCUAUCUUUUCUAUUUCAAGUUAAUUGCAAAUGGUUUUGUAACUCUUUGCUUUUUAAAUCUUUAAAAAAUAUUGCUAAGUACUGUACAGGGUUGUACAAUAAGAACCCAAUGUCAUGGCAAAGGAAAGAAUGACUCAUUCUUCAAAUAUUAACCACUUUGCUGUCGAAGCUGUCUGAGGGAUGUUAAGUUUCUAGGUGUCCUGUAGUACAGGAAAUAAGUGCAUAUUAAAACAGGGUCACUAGGAACAGACAAAAGCAAUUCAGAUAAAAUGGGUGCAAACCUUCUGACUUGAACUUGGCAGUUGCUGUUGAACUUCAAACAAUUGGAAAUAUUUCUGUUCCCCUUUGUCAGUUCUGCAUUUCCUACCUCCAACUGAAAACUGGAGUUCUGAGUGCUACCAAAAAGGUCACUUUACUGUUUAAUUACUUUUCUCCCAAUUUACUUGGAAUAGGAAAGGUAGGGACAGCUCAGUGUUAAACUUAAAGGGACCUUGGUUCCUAUUUGCAAAAGAUACUCUGAAAGUG